AUGAUAGGCACAAUAAACGUUCCGUCGCAGUCAACAAUAGACCUUUAUCUGCACAACAAUCCAUACCUUAAGACUAUUGCAGGCAUGCUCUCUUAUGACAAUAUUAUCUCUAAUAUAAGAGAUUUGGUUAUAGCGCUUAUGCUUGGCGUCUCUAUUAUAACUGGGCACAGCGCGCUCUGCCGUCUUUAUACUGCUGAUAUAUACUCUUUCUAUUGUUUUGUUCUAGUCUCUGCUAUUGCAGUCUCUAUAGCCAUUAUAAACUUUCUGCCAAGCAAAGAUGGCAAGAAGCGAAUGUCAUCAAAGCAAAGAAAACUAUUUACUAUUUUGUUCUCUCUGUUUUUAACUGUUCCAAGCAUCAUACAAGGAGAGCCCUGGCUUUUUUUCUUACUAACCAAUCUGCUUGUUGGAAAUAAUGACUAUCUAUUAGUUCUAGCAGGGCACGCCUUUCUGUAUUUUCUGACACGUUUCAAUUUUCCUCAAACAUUCCUUACUGCAUUGAAUUUCUGUCCUGGAAUUUUAGCUUUUAUAUGUACGCUUGAAGACAGAAUAAACAGCACAUGGCAAACCAAAUUAUCUCUAUUUCAUUGCCACCGGACAAUAACAGGCGCAGCAACUGUAUUAGCAGUUUUUAUAAGCAUAUUCUAUAUAAUACAAACGAAUCCAUACAUACACAUCAACACAUCACCAAUAGAUGUAUAGAUUUACAUUUUUGGGCAGGAAUAUGCUUUCAGCGAAUAGUAAAGCCACACUGGCAAUUUCUAUUUUAGAGC